AUGGUCAAGCAUGGAGGUUACGGUUACAUUGCCGAUAAACCGAUCCUAGACUACAGGGCCAGCAGGGAGUGCCAGGCAUUCUCCGUGGCUGAGGAGAGCUUUGACGUGGUGGGGUACGGGAUAGUCAUACCAGAGGGCGUGCCAUACGCCAACUCCAUGAACAGACUGAUAGUGAAGAUGCAGGAAGCCGGACUGAUGGAGAAAUGGCGCCGCCGCUGGUGGUCGACAGACACCUCUUGUAAGGACUCAUUCCAAACCGUGCAGAGUCGCCUGGGACUGGGCAGUUUAGGCGGCCUCUUCCUUCUCUACAUAGGCACUGUGGUCCUCGCAUGUUUUUUCUGUCUGACAGAAAUGCUUUGCAAACGACACUGUAAAACAGAAGCUUCAUAA